AUGUGGGCGGCUCAGUGGGUAAUGUCUCGUCAGUUGGUGGAGCUGUUGUGGGCUCUGACGUCGGCGGCUCAGUGGGUGAUGGCUCGUCAGUUGGUGGAGCUGUUGUGGGCUCUGAUGUGGGCGGCUCAGUGGGUAAUGUCUCGUCAGUUGGUGGAGCUGUUGUGGGCUCUGACGUCGGCGGCUCAGUGGGUGAUGGCUCGCAAGGCAGUCGUGGGCACUGACGAAGGUGGUAUGGUUGGUUCGUCUGUUGUUGGGAAAGAGGAGUUGUAG